UUUUUCAGAGAUGUCCGAGGAAGAAGCAAGGAGGCUUUCUCUAUCCGCACAGGAAGAAGAAUCCUCGGAAAGACAGCAACAAACAUCACCAACCGACCAUGGCAGAGUUUCGCAUGAAGAAGCGGACUCGGGAGAAGAAUCCAGCAGCAGGGCACCCAACUUCACAGAUGAAGAAACGGACACCCUAAUCAAUCAAGUUGUUCAUCACUCCUUUCAACUUUUCGGAUCGCCGGCAAGAAAUGUUCAUCACCGAUUCAAGGGAACGACGUGGAAUGAAAUCUCUGAAUCAGUUUCUUUGGGAGGUGGGUUCAAGCGAAGCAACGAAAGUUGCAAGAAAAGGUUACGCGACUGUAGAAGAUCCGUCAAUCUCAAGAUCCAAAAAGGGCAAAAAUUACACAAGGAUUGGGAAAAGAAGAUGGAGAACUACUUCGUACUUGUGCAGGAAGAAAUGGCAGGAACCAGUGCAGAAGGAGCCACAAAAUAUUCUACGCCAACAAAACAUAGCACGCCACAAACGGAAACAACGCCAAAGAAGAAAACAAAAUCGCAGAAAGAUUCCACAGUUAAGGCAAAGAGAAGAGUUUCUUUUGGAUAUCCGACAACUGGAGGAGGUGCUGAGGAUACCGAAACCCAGAUACAGCAUACAAUAUUGCCGAUUGAUUCAACACUGCAAGCAGCGACACUUCAAGCAGAAUCAGCCCAGAUGCACCCACCCACGGUGCAGGAAGAAACAUCAUCCCAACAGCCACUUCCAGAAGAAAAUUCAUCACAGGGGCACCCACAGACACUGCCAGAAGAGUCCUUUUCACAGAGCUACCCUGCAAUUGGAGACCAUAAUCUUGUUGAAAGAACAGAGCAAAUUCCGGACAUGGAAACUUCAGGCAGUGUACCAGAAGUCCUUGAAUCAAAAACACCGGAAACUACGCCAGGAGAGUCAUCACUCAAUCUAAUACUGGAAGCUUUAAAGAACAUGGACCAAUGUAGAGCUGAAGAAAGCCAAAGGAUUAAUAAUCGUUUGGACAACAUGGAACAGAACAUCGACCAUAUCAAGACAGCUGUUGUUCAACAAAAUGACGCAAUGAUAUCGCUGGCCCGAUACUACGAUCAACUUGUGUCAGCACAUAUGUCGGUGGUUGGACAUUGCAAGAGCAUGGAGCAGAAGAUUGAACAGAUCAGCACCCAACAAAAUGAACAGCGGGAUGGAGAAUCCCAUCAGGAACAACUCUGUCGACAACACAAUGAUUCUCUGGAACAUAUUUCAUUGCAAUGCCAACAGAUUGGAACAGGCCUUCAAAGCAUGCUACUGUGGCAACAACAGUGCAACCUAAACACAAGCAUGAUUUCAACAAGCCUGCAGCUGAUGACAGACGAAGGAAGAAGAUUGCACAGCGCACAACCACAGCAGGCAGAACGAAGUUCGGAAGUCACAACACCAUCAAACAGAACAUCAAUUGAUCAAGAAAUGUAUGCUCAAGAAGAGAGAGGAGAUCUGGCUUAUCAAAGAGCAUUGUCAGUUUUGAGACUGCAGCGUCAAAGGUCAGAAGAAUUGGAGCAGUCCAUAAUACAGCAAGAGAUGUGGAACAGAGCACAGCAGGAGAUGUUGGAACAAGCACAGACAGUUAUGUGGAACAGAGCACAGGAGGAGCAUGCCCGAGCCCAGGAGGAACAUGCCCGAGCCCAGGAGGAACAUGCCCGAGCCCAGGAGGAGCAUGCCCGAGCCCAGGAUGAGCAUGCCACAGCACCGGAGGAGCAUGCCACAGCCCCGGAGGAGCCGUCAGGAUCCCAGGAGGAGCCGUCCACAACAGCAAACUAGCCGGACACAGGGACCAGUCCGCUAAUCAAGCACAGAGGCUGGCAUAGAGCU